CCGCCAUGUCCCUUGCUGGCCCCCCACUGGAUUUUUUUCUCGCGCCGCCAUAUCUGCUCUGACUCCUCCCUUUCCCCUGGCCUUCUUUCGUCCUUCCUAGUCUUCUCCAAACCUCCUCUCCCCUUCACUCAUUCUUUACUGAUCUAGUAAAACACCUUCCUACCGCAAGGACAGAAGACUCAAUCCACAAUGGCUGCCAACGGCUCGACAUAUGCCCUCUCCCAGGGCCACAAGGACUUGCUCGAGAAGUCCUUGAUCGACUCUGACCCUGAGGUCGCCCAGAUCAUGACCUCGGAGAUCCAGAGGCAGAGGGAGUCCAUCAUCCUGAUCGCCUCCGAGAACGUCACCUCCCGCGCCGUCUUCGAUGCCCUCGGAUCGCCCAUGUCCAACAAGUACUCCGAGGGUCUCCCCGGCGCACGGUACUAUGGUGGCAACCAGCACAUUGACGAGAUUGAGCUCCUCUGCCAGAAGCGUGCUCUCGAGGCCUUCAACCUCGACUCUUCCAAGUGGGGCGUCAACGUGCAGUGCCUCAGCGGAAGCCCUGCCAACCUGCAGGUCUACCAGGCUCUCAUGCCUCCCCACGGUCGUCUGAUGGGUCUGGACCUUCCCCACGGUGGCCACUUGAGCCACGGCUACCAGACCCCUGCCAAGAAGAUCUCUGCCGUGUCUACUUACUUCGAGACCAUGCCCUACCGUGUCGACAUUGAGACUGGCAUCAUCGACUACGACACUCUCGAGAAGAACGCCCAGCUGUACCGCCCCAAGAUCCUUGUCGCCGGUACCUCUGCCUACUGCCGUCUGAUCGACUACGCCCGCAUGCGCAAGAUUGCCGACUCUGUUGGCGCCUACCUCGUCGUCGACAUUGCCCACAUUUCUGGACUGGUCUCGUCUGGUGUCAUCCCCACUCCUUUCGACCACGCCGAUGUCGUCACAACCACCACCCACAAGUCUCUCCGUGGCCCCCGUGGCGCCAUGAUCUUCUUCCGCAAGGGUGUGCGAUCCGUCAAUGCCAAGACCGGCAAGGAGGAGCUGUACAACCUGGAGGACCCCAUCAACUUCUCUGUCUUCCCUGGCCACCAGGGUGGUCCCCACAACCACACCAUCACCGCCCUGGCCGUCGCCCUGAAGCAGGCCAACACCCCUGAGUUCAAGGCCUACCAGAAGCAGGUCGUCGACAACGCCAAGGCCCUGGAGAACAAGUUCAAGUCCCUCGGCCACAAGCUUGUCUCUGACGGAACCGACUCGCACAUGGUCCUCGUUGACCUGAGGCCCGUCAGCCUCGACGGUGCCCGUGUCGAGGCCGUCCUGGAGCAGAUCAACAUUGCCUGCAACAAGAACUCUAUCCCCGGCGACAAGUCUGCCCUGACCCCUUGCGGCAUCCGUAUCGGCACCCCUGCCAUGACCUCCCGUGGCUUUGGUGUUGCUGACUUCGAGCGCGUGGCUGCCUACAUCGACGAGGCCAUCAAGAUCUGCAAGGAGGUCCAGGCCGAGCUGCCCAAGGAGGCCAACAAGCUCAAGGACUUCAGGGCCAAGGUCGCCGGUGGCGAGAUUGAGAAGAUCAACAGCCUGAAGAAGGAGAUCGCCGCCUGGUCUCAGAGCUUCCCCCUGCCCGUCGAGGGCUGGCGUGUGGACGCUGGUAUCUAAACCAGCGAGUGAGUUGAGGCCAAAGUCAGUAAUGAUUCAUGCGGCCACUAAGGGUAUGGGAUCCGGCGUUAUUCAACAAAAGUCAUUGGACGGUGAUUAUAUCCCAGGCUUCCACAGCCUGUAUUCUUCUUUCUUCUUUGGGUGGGUGUUCGGGGAACAAUGUAGCAAACGAAAAUGGAAAUCAGGAAUAAGGGAAGGCCAUCAUUGCAUAAGCAUUCAUCAGGCGUCGCAAACAAAUCUGGGAUCCUCUAGGUGUGGCUUUCUCGAAUACCUGCUGCUUCAACGCGGCACAGAAACCAAUAUUAUUACACAUGCAAUAAAUCUUGGACGCAAAUUCUGCAUAACGGGUUGAGAGAGUAGAACGCUUGUCUCAGCUGAAUGUAUCAUUUUGCGUUGCCGCCUCGAUCGAUCUGUCUCCUCGCGCCGACAGCUCACAUGCAACUAACUGGUUCCGUCGAAGACAGUCAUAGAUAGAAACGUGUCCGCCGAACCUCACUUACAGACGCUCCAUCUGGAAAGGGGCCAUCGUCGCCCACUUUGCGACGUACUUCUGCAGCGCCGUGACUGAAUAAUGAAUGCAUAUCUGACUCAGGAGGCAGACCAACACCUCCAGUCUCAAGGAGCCGUGACACCAGGUCUGACGUCUGAUGCAAAGUCGCGCUGCACAACAAUACCAUCCAACGGCCCUACAACACCAUCCAGGAACGCCCUGAGGUUCUCCUUGACCCUGCGCACCUGGUUCAGCACGGUCGUGCCAGAGAACCAGGCCAGGUGGCUCGUCAGCGCGAGGUUCAGGCCCCUGGCCGCCUCGCCGAGCAGCGGGCUGUCGCCGCCGUCCCCCGCGGGCUCGCGCGCGAACACGUCGGUGCCGUACCCGAACAGCGCCCGGGACCGCAGCGCGUCCACCGCGGCCGCCUCGUCGACGAUCCCGCCGCGCGACACGUUGACCACCACCGCGUCGGGCCGCAUGCGUGCCAGCUCGGCCGCGGAGAUGAGCCCUGCGCUCUCCGGGGUCAGGGGCAGCGCUAGGAAGAGCACCGUCGCCUGCGAGAGGACGUCUGGGAGUGGGACACGAGGCGGUGGCGGCUGCUGUUGCUGCUGCUGCUGCUGCUGCUGCUGUCCCGUCGUGGCGAGCGUGGUGUCGUCGCUGGUGGCGGUGGUGGUGGUGCCUUUGCGCUGAGAUAUCACGACCUUCAUCCCUAGGGCCCGGCAUAGCUUUGCGAUUUGCUUCCCCACGGCGCCGUAGCCGAUAAUACCCGCUGUCUCCUGAGAGCAUGUCCGCGGUAGCGCCCCUGUGCCGUUUCGCAUGAUGGCGUUCAGGCUGCCUGUGGGCAUUAUUAGCAAAGAAUGUGCUGUUUCUUACCACCGCCCCCCCCCCACCUUGCUUCCUAUUUCUGCU